AUGGAGCAACAAAAGAAGUGGGAAGCCAAGGUUUCAACGAGGCUAGAAAAUGCAAGUUCAGACCAAAUAUGGCCUCUUCUGGAAGACUUUUUUGGCCUCCACAAAUGGUUCCCUGGCCUCCCCACUUGCUACGGCAUUCACGGCAGCAACGGCGAGCCAGGUUGCGUCCGCUACUGCGCCGGAUUUUCACUGCCGUCCAUGGACGGAGCCACUGUGAGUUGGUCCAAGGAGAAGUUGAUAGAAAUUGAUCACGUUGAAAGGAGAUUAAGCUACGAGAUAGUGGACUGCAAUACUGGGUUCAAGUCAUAUGUUGCAAGCAUGAAAAUUAUUCCGGCGGCAGAUUGCGGCGGCUGGCAGAUGGAGUGGCAGUUUGAGAUGGAUCCGGGUGUGGGGUGGAGAUUGGAAGAUUUGGUGCCCAAGUAUGAAAUUGGGCUGCAACUGAUGGUUAAAAAGAUGGAAGUUUCCAUUUCUGAUUCUUGUUGA